CUUCCUCCUCCUCGGCUUCUUCAAGCCCCUUACCAGCAUUGAUUUCUCUCCUAGUACCAUCCCCCAAAGAAGAGGAAAUUGUAUCUGAAGGAAAAGCAGCAGACAGGUCUGAGGUGCACUUACCUACCCUUGAGACUGAGUCGCAGUUGGCUUCUGUCGCCAUGGAGGAUGACACCAGGAGCAGCUGUCCUACAGUCCUACAACUUGCUCUUCCCUCUCCUCCACCCUUUGCCCCUUCGAAGGCAAAGAGAAGUUCAUCUGCCUCCUCUACCAGUUCAUCAUCAUCCUCAUCUUCCUCCUCAUCCUCGUCUUCUUCAACUUCUGAUUCUGAGUCCAGCUCAUCUGAAUCCAGUCCCCAUGAUCAGGCAACAAAGGAGCUUGAGGCUGAGAUUGAACUGAAACAGCCACCAAGCCCAGUGCUGAAAGAGACUCAUCGUGAUGAGCAACCUUUGGAAAUGGGCAAACGUAAGUGCCGUUCUCGAAGCUCAAGCAGUUCAAGCAGCAGCUCUUCCUCUUCGUCCUCCUCUUCUUCAGCCUCUUCCUCUUCCUCAUCUUCCUCAUCUUCCUCAUCUUCGUCCUCCUCAACACCAUUGCCUAAAACAGGACUCCAGGCAGUGAUGAAGGGCUCCCUGAAGAAGAAACCAUCUCCAGAGAAGAGAAAGUCACGCAGCCCUAGAAAACCAAUUGACUCACUGAGGGAUUCCCGCUCUCUGAGCUACUCCCCAGCAGAACGGCGUCAGAUUUCCCCUCCUGUCCAACCACCCUCUGCUCCAAGGGAUCGACGUAGAGACAGGUCUAGGGAUAGGUCCCUGCAGAGAAACAGACAAAGCAUCAGCAGGUCUCCAGGACGAAAACGGCGACGCAGAUCUCCCAGUCCCCGAGCUCCACGUCGCAGAACUUCAAGGUCCCCCUAAGCCUUUUGGAGAGCGGAAAGUCCUUGUCCUUGCAUCCACAGACUGCGCCACCCCCAG